CCGGAAACUGGUCCGACUGGUUGAACGAGGAACAUUUUUUUGUUCUCACAAAUCAUUGUAACUAAGGCCAUGAGGAUCGUGUGGCGAUGAUGAUGAUGAGGAGGAGGAGGACGUUGGUGGCCGUCUAUGUGUUCGCCACAGUCGGCCUUCUUUGGGCAUCGGAGGACGUGUCGGUCGUCGCCACGGCCUCGCCCGGCGACGUCGUCCGACUUCACUGCUACUCGGAGGGCUCCGUGACGCCGUCCUCCGCGCGUUGGUCGAAGGACGGCAUCGAGGUGGGCUCCACCGAGGCGACCCCCCCGGGCGGGCAGCGGCUGGAGGUGCUGGCGGACGGCACCCUGCGCUUCCGGACAGUGGCGGAAGGAGACGAGGGCGUGUACCUGUGUCAGGCCGCGCUUCCGGCCAACAUGACGUGGAAAGUGCGGAUCAGGCUACAAGUGGCCAGCGGUCCCUCGAACGUGUCGCUUUCCAUCACGCCGUCCACGCUGUUGUCCAACGGCACGCUGGUCACGUACCGCGGCUCCGGCGUCUCCUUCCGCUGCGCCGCCGCCUCGUACCCGUCCCAGCGGCUCACGUGGAGUUUCGCGGGGACGCCGGUGGCCUCCGCCGACGGCGCCCCCUGGCUGGACUUCCAGAUGGAGGACGUGCGGCCCGAAGCGCAGGGCGUCUACACCUGCGCCGCCGACAACGCGCUGACGCACGACGUCGCCGACGCCAGCGCUCAGCUGCUCGUCUACUACGUUCCCGCCACACACCCCGAGUGCUCGUGGCUUCGGUCGGAAGACUCCACGCAGGUGCGCCUGGGCUGCGCCUGGGCCGGAUGCUACCCGGACCCGGCGCUGAGAUGGACCCAGGAGCGGAAGCGGGACCCGAGCGCGGACGGGGACCGGGACAGGGACCGGGACCGGGACCGGGGAGGCCGCGUGCUGGCCUCGGGGGUGACCUCCGUCCUUUGGGUGGCGCUCAACCGCUCGCUGCUGGCCGACGGGCAGACGCUCAGGUGCGCCGCGCAGCACUUGGCGCUGGCCGGCGGGCGGGAGGCCACUUGCACCUUUACGCUCGAGGCGCCGCGCCCCGAGGUCUCCCCGCUCGCUUGGGCGCAGGAGGGCGACAACGUGACGCUCACGUGCACCGAAGCGACGUCCGUGCCGCCGGCCGACACCGCCUGGUGGCGGGAGGCGGGCUCGGCGGCGCUGGCCCAGGGCCCCAAGUACGCCUUGAGCCGGGAAGGCGCCGCCCACAGCCUGACCAUCGCAAACGUCAGCCGGGACGACGGCGGCGUCUACUUCUGCCGCAGCGAGAACCCGCUGGCGCUGCACCGGGCCGAGGUUUACCUCAGCGUCAGGGCGUCUUCGGACUACACGGGCGCCGUCAUCGGCGUCUUCGUCGCCGCGCUCAUCGUGGGUCUGGCGGCCGUCGUGGCCAAGCUGCUGUUCGCCAACAGACACCGCGUCUGCCUGGGAGGACCUUUCGGGCCUUCGCCGGGCGACGGGGGCGACGUUCUGAAUUUGGUGGAAUCUGACGAGGAGCAGAUCUUCCAGGCCGCCCCGCGCCUCCCCCCGAUAACCGCGCUGGUCCAGAUCCACCCCCUCCCGACCGGUGAGCAGGAGGGUGUGGCAAAUGAAAACGGCAGGGAGGAAGCCCCCGACCUGGUGACCCUUUAAGUGCGGGGGGGGCUUUUAUCGUCAACAGGAAGGUGUGAACGCGAGUGCCAGUGGUUCUGUUUCUACGUGCCUCGUGAUUGGCUGGAGAGCAGUUCCUGGUGUGCCCCGCCUCUCGCCCGAAGAUAGCUGGGAUGGGCGCCGGCACUCCCGUGACUCUUGUGAGGAUAAGUGUCUGGUAAAAUGGAUGGAAAGAAAAUGCAAAACACACACACCAAAAAAAAAAAAGGAAAAUGUACACAUAUGGCCUGCAAAAUGUGUUUCAAACUUAAAAGGUAGGCCCCAGUGUAAUGUAAAAACAUUUUUUUUUCUGCACAGUUUGGGGAUGAACUGUACUACUUGGACUGAAAUAAAAUGUUUCACAGAAGUUCAGUCAAGGUGGCAUCGAAAUGUUGAAAAUAUUGACUGUGAGGAGGCUGAAAUUCCGAAGAUCUGGACAAUUUGAAAUUAUUGGAGCUCUAAACGAUCCAUGAUCAAAAUAAUUGAAAAAUAACGCAUAAAUGAUUCGUUACUGAUGAACGGUUGCAGUGCAACUUAGAUGAAGUUCUCAACUUAUGUAUUGUAUGUUUUUUUUGUUUUUUUUUUUUCCUUGUUUUCACGUUGCUUGAAUUGAUCAAUAAUAGUUCAUUGACAGCCAUUUACCAUCUUUUGAUGCAAAGCAUCUUACAUCCUGUCUUGGAAAGCCACACAAAUGAAGUUAUGAUCAAAAAUCAGUGUAGUUUUUCUUUCUGUCGUCCAAUGCUGAAAAUGGAAUGGAAUUUUGGAAUUGUCAGAAUGUGCAAAAGAUUCUCGACUUUCAAUGUUUUGACCACGUCUCAAUGAGGGAAUUUUAACAUCGUUUGGGAAUUGUCGGAAUGGUGAAAAUUGUUUGCCGGGUGAUCUUGUGAGGGAAAAAUCUGUCUCGUUUUUUGUUUUCUCUGUCCUGCAUUUUUUGCCCUGAUCAUUCUUCACGACUGCAACUUUCCAAUAAAUUACCGCCCGUCUGUGUGUAAAGCAGCAAAACUGAAAGUUUUCCAGGUCCUCGAUUGUGCUAAGGAAAACUACAAAUAACAACAACACCCUGGACGCUGUGAAUUGUU